GAGGAGGCGGGCGUGUGUUGUGAAGGAACGUGUGCCAUGGCGGAGCCUGUAGGAAAGCGGGGCCGCUGGUCCCGAGGUAGCGGUGCCGGCCGAGGGGGUCGGGGCGGCUGGGGCGGUCGGGGCCGGCGUCCUCGGGCCCAGCGGUCUCCAUCCCGGGGCACGCUGGACGUGGUGUCUGUGGACUUGGUCAGCGACAGCGAUGAGGAAAUUCUGGAGGUCGCCACCGCUCGCGGUGCCGCGGACGAGGUUGAGGUUGCGCCCCCGGAGCCCUCGGGGCCGGUCGCGUCCCGGGAUAACAGCGACAGUGACAGCGAAGGGGAGGACGGGCGGCCCGCAGGACCCCCGCGGGAGCCGGUCAGGCGGCGGCGGCGGCUGGUGCUGGAUCCGGGGGAGGCGCCGCUGGUUCCGGUGUACUCGGGGAAGGUUAAAAGCAGCCUUCACCUUAUCCCAGAUGACCUAUCCCUCCUGAAACUCUACCCUCCAGGAGAUGAGGAAGAGGCGGAGCUGGCAGAUUCGAGUGGUCUCUACCAUGAGGGCUCCCCAUCACCAGGCUCUCCCUGGAAGACAAAGCUGAGGACUAAGGAUAAAGAAGAGAAGAAAAAGACAGAGUUUCUGGAUCUGGACAACUCUCCUCUGUCCCCACCUUCACCAAGGACCAAAAGCAGAAAGCAUACUCGGGCACUCAAGAAGUUAAGUGAGGUGAACAAGCGCCUCCAGGAUCUCCGUUCCUGUCUGAGCCCCAAGCCACCUCAGGGCCAAGAGCAACAGGGCCAAGAGGAUGAAGUGGUCUUGGUAGAAGGGCCCACCCUCCCAGAGACCCCCCGACUCUUCCCACUCAAAAUCCGUUGCCGGGCUGACCUGGUCAGAUUGCCCCUCAGAAUGUCGGAGCCUCUGCAGAGUGUGGUGGACCACAUGGCCACCCACCUUGGGGUGUCCCCAAGCAGGAUCCUUUUGCUUUUUGGAGAGACAGAGCUAUCACCUACUGCCACUCCCAGGACCCUAAAGCUCGGAGUGGCUGACAUCAUUGACUGUGUGGUACUAGCAAGUUCUCCAGAGGCCACAGAGACGUCCCAACAGCUCCAGCUCCGGGUGCAGGGAAAGGAGAAACAGCAGACACUGGAAGUCUCACUGUCUCGAGAUUCCCCUCUAAAGACCCUCAUGUCCCACUAUGAGGAGGCCAUGGGACUGUCGGGACGGAAGCUCUCCUUCUUCUUUGAUGGGACAAAGCUUUCAGGCAGGGAGCUGCCAGCUGACCUGGGCAUGGAGUCUGGGGACCUCAUUGAGGUCUGGGGCUGACACCCCACUUCCUGUUUGACGGCCCAGCCUGGACUUGGGGAGAAUGACUUUCCCUUUUUUGCCCCAUAAGGACUAGCAUACGCUGAGGUAGAACUUAUCUUUAAGCUGCAGCAAAAUCAAGGAGUGACUUUUGUCCCCUCUCCUGUUGACCCUGGUUUAGAGCCGUUAACCACUUGGUGAGUUAUGUGGGUGUUGUUGCCCUGGGUGGCCUGUGGCUCCGUCCACAAGUCAUGCUGAGUUUUGCAGCCUCUGUGACAUGGAGAUGUCCCCUCACCCCUCCCCUUUCACCAUCAUCCUUUCUCCCUCAUGGAAAUGUCUGCUCUAUGAAACUAUGCACAUAUUGAAAGUGAGUUGAAACAAAUGAGGGUUGGGUAGGAGCUUCCAGGCCUGGGAUUUACACCACGCCUAGCCCAGCAGAGACCUUAGUCCCAUUUGGGGCUUGGGAGUGACAUUUGCUUGAGGCUUAUACACUGGUGUGGUUGCCUGGCUUGCAGGAAAUGACCAAGAUCACACAUGCUGGCAGAAGGGUAAGCAGACAACUGGGGUACUCUUUUGAAGGAUGAAGGUGGUGGAUUCUCAGCCCUGGGGGUCUUCCUCACCCGAGGACCCUUCAGAGCCACCCUUUCUAGUUUACAUUUCCUGGUGCACACAUUUAAGGCAUAACAGCACAUUCAUCCCUUCAGUUUGGGAUCUCAGGAAUACAGUCCCAUGCAAAGAUUCUCUGGUUUUGUGGCUUUUUUCCCUUUCUUUACACCAUCCUCUCCCAUAGGCACCCACGUCUUUGAAUAUGAAUGUAUUUGUAAAAUACCACGUUUCAUGUGUGAAUAUGUGCUUUUACUGUACAUAGUGCUGUUGUGCAAUAGGUCUUAUGCUGUUUUCACUCAGUGUUUGCUAAGAUCUAGCCCUAUUGACUCUUCUAGAAAUGCAGUAUUGCUUUGACCUGCCAUGUGGCACUCCACAAUGUCGGUUGCAGUUUACACACAUUGCCUGAAGUGGGGGACACCUGGGUGCCCCUGACCCCUUGGCACCAGAUACAGGCCACGAUAAACAUCCUUUCGUGUGUUCCCUUCUGUGCUUGUGUGGCAUGUGUACCCAGGAUGGGCUUAUAGGUCACAGAGGUCAGUUUCUCUAUGGUUUUCCAGAUUUUCUUUAGAACGGUGACUGACCCUCCUACUUGAAAGUAGGCCGCCCUUUUCUCCUUAUCCUUGCCAGCACUUGUAUUGCCGGACUACCUAAUUUUUGCCAGUCUGAUGGGUAGAAAGUGGUGCUGUCCUUUAAUAUACAUUCAUCUGAUCAGCAUUAAUUUGGGGAAUUUUUUCACUUAGCCUUUCUGGUUUCCCUUCCUGUGCAUUGCCCAUUUUCUCAUGGAGUUUCUUAUCUUUUUUGGUUUAUUCUCAGGAGUUGCUUGUACAUUCCUGGGCAAUUGCAAAUAAUUCCAAGAAUGCAUAUUUGGGCUGGGUAUGGAGGUUCAUUGGUAAUCCCAGCACUUUGGGAGGCCGAGGAGGAAGGAUCGCUUCAGCCCAGGAGGUUGAGACCAGCCUGGGCAACAUAGUGAGACCUUGUCUCUACAAAAAAAAUUAAAAAGGGGGCUUUGGGAGGGCAAGGUGGGUGGAUCUCGAGGGCAGGAGAUUGAGACCCUCCUGGCCAACAUGGUGAAACCCCGUCUCUACUAAAAUACAAAAAAUUAGCUGGGCAUGGUGGAGCACACCUGUAGUCCCAGCUACUCUGGAGGCUGAGGCAGGGGAAUCGCCUAAACCCAGGAGGCAGAGAUUGCAGUGAGCCCAGUUUCCGCCACUGCGCUUUAGCCUGGCGACAGAGCAAGGCUCCGUCUCAAAAAAAAAAAAAAAAAUUUAAAGGGGAAAAAAUUGAAAUUUUCUUUGUAUCUAGGGAUAUCCUUCACUGAACAGAAAUUCUUAAUUUUAGCUAGGCGUGAUGGCUCACGUCUGUAAUCCCAGCACUUUCGGUGGCCGAGGUGGGUGGAUCACUUGAGGCCAGGAGUUCAAGACCACUCUGACCAACUUGGUGAAAUCCCAUCUCUACUAAAAAUACAAAAAUUAGCUGGGUGCAGUGGCGCAUGCUUGUAAUAUCCCAGCUACUCGGGAGGCAGAGGCAGGAGAAUCACUUGAACCCGGGAGGUGGAGGCUGCAGUGAGCCGAGACAGCGCCACUGCACUUCAGCCUGAGUGACAAAGAGACUCUGUCUCAAAAAAAAAAAAAGAAAAUUUUAAUUUUAAUGUAGACAGUAUGAAUUAUCUUGUUUUGCAGUUGGUUGCUUUUUGAUUGCUUAUUUAAUAGAGUUGUUAAGAUAUUUUACGUCUUCUGUUAGCUGUUCAGCUUUUCCUUUCAUAUUGAGAACACUACACAGUGCUGAAGUCCAGCUGGUGCACACAGGGGUGGCACCUUGGCUGCAUCUGUUCUCAACAGUCAGACACUUCUCAUUGGUUGAUGCUGGGCUGUACUGGUUGCUAAAUAUUGCACAUCAUUUUAAAACUAUUUGAGAUGCACUUUUGUACUCAGGAGGCCGAGGCAGGAGGAUUGCUUGAGCCCAGGAAUUUGAGACCAGCCUGGGCAACACAGCGAGACCUUGUCUCUUAAAAAAAAAAAGAGAGAGAAAUCGGCCGGGCAUGGUUUCUCAUGUCUGUAAUCCCAGAACUUUGGGAGGCUGAGGCAGGUGGAUCACCGGAGGUCAGGAAUUCAAGACUGAAACCUUGUCUCUACUGAAAAAAAAAAAAAAAUUAGCUAGGUGUGGUGGCAGGCGCCUGUAAUCCCAGUUACUUCGGGAGGCUGAGGCAGGAGAAUAGCUUGAACCCAGGAGGCAGAGGUUGCAGUGAGCCAAGAUCAUGCCAUUGCACUCCAGCCUGGGCGACAAGAGUGAAACUCUGUCUCAAAAAAAAAAAAAAAAAAAAAAAAAAAAAAAAAAAAAAAAAAAAAAAAAUUCAUUGAAAUACAGCUUUGUAUAUGAGAUCCAAGUUUCACUUUUUGUGAUAUAAUGAGCCAGUUUUCUCAGUAAUGUCUACUAAAAAAAAAAAAAAGCCAUUAACCUUUCUGUGAUAUUUGCAUGAUUUUAACAAAAGUACGUCAGCUUCUCAAAAUGUUUCAUUGAAAUGUGGCAUUCCUUUGAAUUUUAUGACAUUAAAAUAAUCCACGACAUGGUACAGCUCUUCACUUUUUCAGCUUUUUAAAUGUCCAUUAAUAAGUUUGAAUACGUUAAAAUUAUAUGUUUAACCUCAAGAGAAUAAAUGGCAAUAUGUUCAACUUG